AUGAAGUUCACCCUCGUCUCUCUCCUGUCGCUUGCCACACUGGCCAUGUCGAUGCGCUACGUCGCUGGAUAUGAUUCCCUCGACCUCGGCGCCUUCCACGACAAUCCCUUCAAAGGCCUCAACUACAGCGAAGAGUGGUCCGUCGGCAGGUCCAGUGUCCAGGUGUCGAAUAUCCAGAGAAGCAGCCCUAAGGUUCUCUUUUCGGGCCCGCGCGAGGUCGGGAAGUCGUUUGGCCGUAUGACCCGCGAUGAUUACAAGCUCAAGUUCGACGCCGAGAGUGUGUACGCUGCGUGCAGCGGGCCGAAGAAGAACGGGAAGAAGACCACCGUUCCCUGCACUGUUAUCGUGCAGGGGUACAAGCGGGAUCUUGCGGGGAGUGAAUCGACUCCUGUGUUUAUCAAGUACUCCGACACGACCAAGAUGCAGAAGGUUAAUCUGGAGGAUAUUUGGAACGUCAACAAGAUCGAGUUUACAGUCACCAAGGCUGGGAAGAACGAUGAGUUGACGGAUGGGGUGACUCUGGUGUUGGAUACCUUUGCGUAUACGUUUGAUGAGAAAUAG